AUGAAUCUUUUACUCAUCCUGGCUGCCUUUUGUGUGGAAAUAACCUCAGCUGCUUCAACGUUUGAUGGCAGUUUAGAUGCACACUGGUAUCGGUGGAAGGCAAAUCACAGAAAACUGUAUGGCAUGAAUGAAGGAGGAUGGAGGAGAGCAGUGUGGGAGAAGAAUAUGAAAAUGAUUGAACUGCACAAUCAGGAAUACAGUCAAGGGAAACAUGGCUUCACAAUGGCAAUGAAUGCCUUUGGUGACAUGACCAAUGAAGAAUUCAGGCAGGUGAGGAAUGGCUUUCAAAACCAGAAGCACAAGAAGGAAAAAUUCCAAGAGCCUUCAUUUCUUGAGGUCCCCAAAUCAGUGGUCUGGAGAGAGAAAGGCUAUGUGACUCCUGUGAAGAAUCAGGGUUCUUGUAGGGCUUUUAGUGCAACUGAUGCCCUUGAAGGACAGAUGUUCUGGAAAACUGGCAAACUUAUCUCACUGAGUGAGCAGAGCCUGGUGAACUACUCUCGGCUUCAAGGCAAUGAAGGCUGCAAAGGUGGCCUAAUGGGCUAUACCUUUCAGUAUAUUAAGGAGAACGGAGGCCUGGACUCUGAAGAAUCUUAUCCGUAUGAUGCAAUGGAUGAAUCCUGUAAGUACAGGCUUGAGUAUACCAUUGCAAAUGACACUGGCUUCGUAGAUGUCCCUAAAGAGGAGAAGACCCUGAUGAAGGCCAUAACAAUUGUGGGGCCUGUCUCUGUUGCUGUUGAUGCAGGCCAAGAGUCUUUCCAGUUCUGUAAAGAAAGUGUUUAUUUUGAGUCAGACUGUAGCAGUGAAGAUGUGGAUCAUGGUGUACUGGUGGUUGGCUACAGAUCUGAAAAAACAGAAUGUGAUAACAAUAAGUAUUGGCUGGUGAAGAACAGCUGGGGUGAAGAAUGGGGCUUAAGUGGUUACAUAAAGAUGGCCAAAGACCAGAAAAACCACCGUGGAAUCGCCAGCAGCAGCCAGCCGUGUGAACUGACAGACAGUGAUGAGGAGACACUUGACUGGGGACAGCGUGUGCAGAGAAGGAACUUUAUCUUAAAACUGACCAGCCCCAACUGUGUGGAAUAUAUACUUGAAUCAUUGAAGAUCCGAGUGUGA